CAAAACAAACAAACAAACCUGACCCAAACCCUAAUACACUACAGGGAAUUGCCAUGCCUCUCGACUCCAAAUGCAAAGCCGGCCGCCUUUCCUUUUCUUCCGGGCCCCAGAUCCCCUUCCGGCAGCGGAUGGACAACCUGGUGAAGCUGGAAGUCCUCAAGUCCGCGGGAGGCAACCUCUACGAAGAGCACCACCGCUUCAUCACCUCCUUCGAGCGGGAAUGGCGGAACGACGAGAACAUCAUGCUGCUCCUGGGCGCCGUCUCGCUCUUUUCCCCUCAUCGAGCCAACGUCCGGCAUCAUGACGUCAUCCAGCUCGAACAGGAAUCGUACCUGUACCUGCUGCGCCGGUACCUGGAGACGAAACUCGUCGGCUGCGAGGCCAGGAGCCAGUACCUCGGCCUCAUCCGCCGGAUGCAGGACCUCCGGAUCCUCAACGAGAAGCACGUCCGCGUCUUCCUCGAGGUCAACCCCAGGGAAGUGGAGCCCCUGCUCAUCGAAAUCUUUGAUCUCAAGCACACGUGACUUCAUCGGACGCCCGCACGCGCACGCGACUUUCUCGGACGCAUUCACGCACCAUGACACGCGCACUCGCGGAAGAUCUUCAGCUGUUUCUAGUCGGUUUCGUCCGUUCCCGAUCUCCCUCCCGCGUUCCGGUGCGAUUCGGUUCUAAGCAUUCCGCCGGUGCUCAAGGUCUCGUCCAGUGAUAUGAUGCCCCACGUUCACGUACGGAGAUAUUUUAUAUGCCAAAGAUGUGAUAAUGCACUCGGAAUCGUAAUAGACUCAUUUAUGCCCGUUCGUCCUCUUUCCCGUAUUCAUUCCUCGGUCGGCUUCGAUGUUUUGUGUAUUCGUGUGCGAAGGUGGAUGUGGGGAGGAGGAGUGGGAUGCUUCUCUGGGAUCGUGUUUUGUUAGCAAUAAAAUAAAUUUAUUUCUCACCAGA